AUGCAUGUUUUCACGUGCGUAGUCUUUUUUGUUUUGUCAGAAGCUCAGCAGCCUGAUCCCUACGACGAUGAAGCUCCAUCACCCAUGCAGAGGAAAGUGGACGUUUAUCCAGAACCUUUCGGGGAACCAGUGCCAUUUGGACACAUCUUCCGUGAGGGUUUCCAAGAUCCCUUCGCAUUAGCAAAACAGCCCAUAGAUGCUCUAGAACUUCGGAUGAGAAUGCCUAAAGAUGAAGAGGAAGCAAAAAAAUAUUUGAAAAUGGGAAGAAAAAAUAUUGCAUUCAUAAAUCCAGCAAUAACGAACAAAUUCGCGACUGCAAAAGAAGCAUUUUUGAGGGAAAUGAUGCAGGAGUCGCCACACGCCGUCCCUCCGGAGACAAAUGAGACGCGUGUGAAGUGGUUUGAUUUCGCGACAAUGCGAAUUAAAAAUCCUCAGAUACCACUAAACGUCGAAUAUGCUGCUAGAAGGAAAGAGGAAGCGAACCCCCGCCGCCACCCAUCACGAGUACCGACGCCACUAGAUCUAAGUAAGAAAUUAAAUUCUUUUGUUAAAGGCUCCUUCGAGCUUCAACAAGAUAAACGAGAGUCACAAAUGAAUUGGACAACAUGCGACCAGUUUGCUGUUGGAGCCAUCUUUUCACACAAAGAAAUUGUUAAUAUCAAAUGGACUCCGUUUUAUGUUUGGUCCACCGAUGGUAUGGCUUAUUCUGUAGAACAUGUGUUUUCGUAUCCAACCAAAAAGUUAGUGAAUGAGUAUUUUACGACGUACAACAAGUUUUUGAAUAAAACUGUUGAUUGGUCCAAACCUAAGCUUUUGAUGAAGGGUAUAAGUGAAAUGUUGUUAAUAGCAGUGGACAAGAGGGGGCUGUUUGACGCUAUAGUGAAGCACGAGAUACCAAAAUCCGCAGAAAGCAAUCCAAUAACAAUACCAUCGUUGAGUUUACGAUUAAAAAUAGAAGAUCCUUAUUUGAUGAUGAUGUUUUGUGAAGAUCACUUUGCGAUGCUAAUGGCGAUAUCUGGACGGCAACCCACAACUUAUAAAGAUAUUAAGGCAGAAGUAGCAACCAUCAAAUUUCAAGGAAAUGGUAGACCAGUUUGGAGAGAUUACGCUGGAGAAGCAGAAAAUAUAAAUUUGGAUAGAGAAAUAAAACGGAGAGAAGAACAGGAUAAAUUUCUAGUAGCUGAUGAAUCAGUUCCUAAUGUAGACAAGGAGUAAUAGGUGUAGUACAAGUUGUAAGCUAAAGUUAUAGUUAUUAAUUAGGUGUAUUUAUUUAGAAUCAGUUUGUAACAGAUAUUUUUUAACAGUUAAAUUUGUAUUAACCUAACUAAACACAAU